GACACGCAGCGUCAUCCAUGGGGGGUGUGUGUUCAAGGAACGAGGCCGCAAGCAGGGCUCUUUGGCGUUCCCUCUCUUGCCACGCCUGCGUGUCGCUUAUCGUCGACCCCAACGUCAUCGACGAUGCGGCAUUCGCCUCCAGCCGGCACGAGGAGGGCGCCUACGAGUAUGAAAUCAACGAAGAGGAACAGCUUGAGGGGCGGGGGGACACCGACCAGAACAGGGAUAGGCGGCUGAAGAGCCAGGCCUCGCUGCGUCAAAGGAGGGACGAGGCCACCCCCAGGUGCUUCAUCUUCGCGGCUGCCUUUGAGCAAAUCAAGUUCUGCCUCGUUGCUGAAUUCACGUGAGUUGAGGGGCGAGGGGAAGAGGGGAAGAGGGAAAUGCGUCCGUGACUUGGCACGCCAUUCGUGUGUUUUUGUGUGUUGCUGUGUGCAGCCACUCGCGCUACCGUGCGAUCGAGAUUCGCGAGUAUGAGACCUCGCAGGGCCGCGGACACAUCGUCAUCCUUUACGUGAGGGCAGACGUGACAAUCCCCUAGGCACGCAUUAGGGGUGUGUGUUUCAACGGGCGUGGCGUGUCUGUGUGUUUGUGCAGCCCACCCUUCCCUCAAGCAAGCCUCCCACGCUCUCCCACUGGUCGACUUCCUCAUCGCUCAGUGACCCCAGCCCCAACACAUCACCCGUCGCGGCACCCUUCACACUGCCCCUCGUGUACAAGUCUGAAGGCUUCGACAUGCAGGACCUAAUCGUGGACUGGUCAGACGCACCCGUCACCCCCGUGGACAAGGCCAUGCGCAUCCGGUGGGACUACACGCCGCCACUCGGUAUCUCGUUUUCCUUCUCGAUGCGCCUCGACAAGAACGUUGGGGACAGCGACGUCGACGACCGCAAGUCGGUGCUGACCUCCGUCAGCCACACGGAUAGCAAGGGAGCCGGCCUGCUGCUGGGCGACGGCGACUUGAUCGAGUUGGUGGUCAAUGAGAGCCAUCCCGUCACUCUGGGCGACAUGGUCAACCCGUUUGGUGGCCUGACGAGCGAGCUGGGUGACAAGGAGUCGGACGGGGGCGCGAGGGCGGGUUUCCCACUCUACUUCUGGGGCCGUGCCCGGCUGGUGAGUGAGCGUGCCAAGGAGGUGUCGGUGAGUGUGGGCGGCCGGCGGUGCCAGGUGCAAUGCUACGAUCGCUUGGUGGAUAACGAGUGGAGCCUCAAGGUGGGCUACUCCCUCAGCCCACUGCUGCACCGAUGGACGCCACAACAUGAAGGUGAGGAGGGCGGAUGGAACGGACAAAAAGAUAUGCACCGAAAGCGCUCUCCCUUGUGUGCAUGUCAGGAAUGAUGAAGCAGCGAAGUGAGGUUUUGUACCGCUACAACGACCUGUUUGAGCUGGAGCGCGUCGAGGCCCUCGACCCGUCCCCUCUCUCGCCCCCACACAGCCGCACGUACAUCCACUUCGGCCCGCCAUUCCCUGACCUCUUCCGUCUCAAGAUCGGCACCGCGGUCAAGGGCAGGGCGGCUUUCGGCGUGGAGUUCUUCUCGAUGCCAGCCAACUUCACCCACAGGUGUCCCCCGCACCCCAUGCUGUCCAUCCCCCUCUCGCCCGGCAUCCCCAUCACAUACGACUGCAAUGAGAAUGACGUUAUUGACGAAGACGACGACGGCAUGAGCGGGCCGGAGGGCGCGGCGGGGUUCUUCCCGCCAUCGCCCAGCCAGACCAACCAUGCGGGCGGCGACGUGGGCGGCGGCCUGCCCCUCUCGCCAGCCUCGUCGCUCGUCAAGACUGCGCAGAAGAGGGCGGACGUCCAAUCCUGCCUGGACCACGCCUACGCCGUGGACAACCUGCUGCAGUGCACCACGACCACCAUGCGGGAGCAGGAGGCCGAGGCCAAGGGGGACGUCUGCGGAGGGGGCGACGCACUGCUCACGCGUUACCACAUGAACGGUCGGUGUAGCCCAGAACACAAGAGAGGAAUGGGGAAACCGCUGACGCGAAAUUGAUCCGUCUGUGUGACGCCCGUGUGCAGGUAUGGACAUCUCGGGUGUCAUGGCGGCGAGGUACUCGGUGGUGCGUGUGAGCGAGGGUCGUGUGGAGGUGGAGCUGCGGCCCCUCAAGACGUUCCAGGUGGAGCACAAGUACGACAGCAAGGGCAACAGGCGGCAGUGGGUCAACCAGUGGGUGUGGAAGUGCGCCAUCACCGCUCUCAGCGGCUCCCACUCGCCCUCCCAGGGGUCUCGCCUGUACGUCAACGGCCACUGGGAGAGAGAGGUGCUCUGACCGAUAGGAUAGGUCGUCGCAUUACGUCACGUCAUGUCACGUCACGCGUCCAGCCGCUCUGUCUUCUCUCGUCUGCCUGUCUGUCUGUCUGUCUGUCUGUCUAUCGGUCUGCGCAAAGUAUGCUGUUGAUGUGUCAGCAUGUGUGGCCGGUUUUGCUCGUCUCUCUCUGUGUCCGUGCGUACGUCCGUGCCUGUCUGUCUGUCUGCCUGCCCGUCUGCCUGUUGUGUGUGGCUGAAAGGUGGUUGCUUGCGGUUCUCGGGAAAAGCCCCGGGCCGCACAUUUGAGCGAGUUUCGUUUCUGCGUGUGCAUGGCGUGGCGUGGCUGCUGAUCGUAUGUCUUGGGUAAGAAUUGACUGGCUGGAUGCAUGGGGGAACGAGACACUGAAUGAAUUGCAGUGGUCUGUCCAUGUACCCUGUUGUGUGUCCCAUCACCGCAAGCCUGGCC